AUGUCAACAACCGAAGUAUCUGUUUUAAUGACAAAUGAUACCCCAAUUACACCGAGCAAUACCUCUCAUACACAGUAUACCUUGUCUCGAGCAGAAUUUUUUCAUGGUUUGGCAAAUCGACUUAUAUAUUCCAGGUUUUAUACCUGGUUAUACUUGGGAAUGGCCUUAUUAAGCGUUGUUUCUAUCAUUCUGUCAUUUACGGAAGAAUGUCAAUCAACUGGGUUUAUUAUUCUUGAGAUAAUAAUCAAUACAGUUAUGAUAGCUGAAGUAGUUACUCGCAUCGUGGCAUUGGGAAAGAAAUAUCAUGCAAUUUGGAAGGUUAAUCAUGAUGUUAAGAAAGUAUGUAAUUUUUACAAAUCUAGAAACGCAACAAUAGAUUUUAGUAAUGUUAGAGAAUCAAAUCCUUCAAUGGAUUUUGAUUCAAUAUCCAAUAAUGCAUUUUUAAUAACUGACGAUGAUGAUGACAUAUAG